CUAUAAUGCUUCUUCAAGAAAACAGAAAACAGAAAGCUCUGACACUGGAAAAAUGCCCUCUGUGCAAACAUUGAAAGAUUUGGCUUUAAAAGAUGGUAUCACCUGCUAAGGCAUUCUGUUGGGAUUGAUAUUCCUUGGAGACAGUGUGUAUCUGAGGAGCAAGAACAGCUGGGAUCAUUCUCUUCUACAGAAGCUCAGAACAAAAUGGAGAAGAGCAGAAACCUGCUUCUUGGGCAAAACCCAGCAGCAGAAAGAAGUCCCGAUUUCCCAUUGCAAUUUAACAAACAGGACUUUGUUAAACUGCGAAACGACUGCCUGGAUCAGGGCCUGUUGUUUGAAGAUGAUACAUUCCCAGCAAAUAACCAUUCCAUUGGACUUGACUUUCUUCGAAAAGAGAACCUGAAAAAAGUACAAUGGUUGAGACCACCUGAGCUGGUGGAAAACCCAAGUUUAUUUGUGGAUGGUAUAAGCCGGUUUGAUAUUAUUCAAGGACGAAGAAUAGGCAACUGUUGGGUUUUAGCAGCUCUGGGUUCAUUGACCCAACAACAGCGGUUCCUGGAAAAUGUGAUUCCUAAAGACCAAGGAUUUAAUUACACCUAUGCAGGCAUUUUUCAUUUUCAGUUCUGGCACUUUGGAGACUGGGUCGAUGUGGUGGUAGAUGACCGACUGCCUUUCUGUGAUGGGGACUACUUAUCUGUUAAACCCCGCAGCAAGAAUGAGUUUUGGCCAUCUCUGCUUGAAAAAGCUUAUGCCAAAUGGCGUGGUUCUUAUGAGAAGUUGCACUUCGGCUUUAUCUCAGAAGCUUUGGUGGAUCUCACAGGUGGGGUCCAGCUGCCUUUCAGUCUUAGGUCUUCUCCUACUCAUCUGUUUGAAAUAAUGAAAACAGCUGCUUUGUCAGGCUGUCUCAUGGCAUGCGACACUCCUGAAAUG